UUGUUGGAUACGAAAUAGUGGUCGAUGAAGGUGGCGCACACAACAAGGCCGACUCGUACUAUCCGGCUAGUUACCGGAGGAGAGAUGCUAGCGUACUAGGGUUGGCGGGAGAGCGUGCGCACGGAGGUUGGCUUGUGGGUACACGAGGACUGGCCUUUAGAAGGUUAUGGUGCACUCGUUGGCAUGUGUACGGGAGUUCAAAGUUGGAGGAGGCACACGAGUGA